AUGCUCCCGGACUUGCCACCACCGCCAAUCAUUGAGCACGCGGGAAAGACACCAUCAUAUCAUACCUACCUACUUAUACAAACCAUCCCUCUACAACAUCCUCCCUACAAGCAAACAACCACAUUCACAAUGUCUCGACAACCAACAGCAAUCGACACAUCAACCGAGUCCCCAACAUCCCCAACCCAGACUCCCGUGUCUCCAUCCGCCCAGGCCGGCGCCGACCGCUGCAUGCGUCACACCAACAGCUGGACUCCGGACUUUGGUCCCGUCCAGCGCCGUCAGAGCUGGAGCGCAGAGGAUCAGAAGCAUCAGCUGCACAUGGCCAAGAUUGAUCAUGUAGAUACUGGCCCAGGCUUCUCCGAGGGACGGGGCGCAUGA